CCUACUCCAAAGCCUCAACAUUUGUUUUUACAUUAACAUACAUUCAUGGACUCUCACAAGCUUCCCACACACUUUUUCACACUUGUUCUUGUUUUUUUGCUUCCAAAUUCAUUCCUGUGUCGGAACCACUGUGACUUCCCGGCUAUAUUUAAUUUUGGUGACUCAAAUUCCGAUACCGGUGGAUUAUCAGCGGCGUUUGGACAGGCCCCUCCACCACAUGGUGAGACCUUUUUUCAUGCCCCUGCAGGCAGAUACAGUGAUGGUCGUCUUGUAAUUGAUUUUAUAGCGGAGAAUUUGACAUUACCAUAUCUUAGUGCAUACCUUGACUCUAUUGGUUCAAACUUCAGUCACGGAGCCAAUUUUGCGACAGCUGGCUCAACUAUUAGACCUCAAAAUACAACCAAGUCCCAGAGUGGCUUCAGUCCGAUCUCAUUAGAUGUGCAGUCUGUUCAAUUUUCUGAUUUUUAUUCAAGAUCUCAGAUAGCUAGGCAAAAGGGAGCUGUAUUUCAAAGCCUGUUACCAGAAAAGGGUGAUUUUUCUCGUGCAUUGUACACCUUUGACAUUGGCCAAAAUGAUCUCACUGCUGGUUACAAGCUUAACUUGUCAACAGAACAAGUCAAGGCAUAUGUUCCUGAUGUCUUGGCUCAGUUUACAAAUGUCAUCAAGAACAUAUAUGCUCAAGGCGCAAGAUCAUUCUGGAUUCAUAAUACUGGACCUGUGGGAUGCCUACCUUAUGUUAUGGACAGGUUUCCAAUCACAGCUGCUCAGGUGGAUAAAUUUGGUUGUGCCAGUCCAUUCAACAAUGUAGCUCAGUUUUUCAACCAUAAACUGAAGGAAGCCGUACAUCUACUUAGGGAGGAACUCCCUUUAGCUGCAAUAACUUAUGUUGAUAUCUACACAGUAAAGUACUAUCUUAUCAGCCACGCAAAGAAGCUCGGAUUCAAGAACCCUUUUUCAGCUUGUUGUGGUCAUGGUGGAAAGUAUAACUACAACAUGUUCAUAAAAUGUGGGAGCAAGCAUAUAGUAAAUGGCAAAGAGACAGUGCUUGCAAAGUCUUGCAAAGACCCAUACCAUCGGAUUAGCUGGGAUGGAACUCACUUCACUGAGGCAGCAAACAAGUGGAUAUUCAACAAAAUUGUUGAUGGAUCAUAUUCGGAUCCUCCUAUUCCAUUAAAGCUAGCUUGCAAGAGGACGGGCCACUAAGUGACAUGUCAUUUGCUCUUGUUACUUUGAGGAAUUUAAACCUUAUGGAUAUGAGAAAUGUGUUUAAUUCACUUUAGAUUGCGCUUGGAAACAUGUAUUUCAUUUCAAAUUUUGGAUUUCAAAUGACAUGAUUUCAAGUGUCAUUUCAAAUUCUCAUCUUUAUACUACUAUUUGAAUGUCUAGGAUUUCAAAUGAAAUCCAAGUUUCCAAACAGGCUCUUACUAGCGCAAAGAACAAUAGAGUGUUUUUAUGCAGAUUUUUUUUAAAUC